AUGCCCUCCGCGUACCCGCAGCGAGCCCUGACGGUGCUGCUGCUCUUCGGGACCUUGUCCGCCGCCAUGGCCCUGCUCUCCUCCAGCCUCAUCUUCCAGCUGCCGUCGGGCCGCGCCGCUCCCGGUGCCGGCGCGCUCCCGGGGCCGGUGGCCGCCGCUGUGCUGCCGGUAUCGGCCGUGCUGGCCGCGCUCUGCCUGGUGCUCAACGUGAGCUGCCUCCUGCUCUGCCUCCUCCACGGCUACUUCAGCACCGAGCUGGGCCGGGGGCAGCUCGGGCCCGAGCGGGCACUCUGGUUCCUCCUGGACGGCCGGAGCGUCCGGCACGCGGCCAUCGGCCUCUUCUGCUGCGGGGUCUGCCUCUACCUCACAGCCCUGGCCCUGUUCAUGCUGCUGCUGUUCCAGCUGGAGGCUGCCAUCGCCAGCGCCUGCAUCCUGACCUCUGGAAUUCUCGUCCUGCUCAUCUCCCUGCUCCACGUGCUGCUCCGCGCCUCCCACAUUUCCCAAAUUUCCCGCAUUUCCCAAGGCCCGGAGCCUUCCCAAGCCCUGUACGAGAACGACUCGGCCCAGCCCGGCCACGGCAGCGACCUCGACAGGAACGCGGCUGCUCCUCCUCGGCCCCUCCGCGAAAUCCACCGGGAAUUCUCCUUCCCGCCUUUCCCGGAGGGCAAAUCCCAGCCGGGCUGGGCCUCCAGCAGCAACCUGAGCUCCAGGAGCAAGGAAUUCCCUAGGGAAUCCCAGUGGGAAUUGUCCAGGAGCAAGGAAUCCCAAUGCCAGGACUGGUCCAGGAUCGAAGAAUUCCCCAGGGGAUCCCAGUCCCAGGACUGGUCCAGGAAUAAGGAAUUGCCCAGGGAAUCCCAAUCCCAUGACUGGUUCAGGAACAAAGAAUUCCCCAAGGAAUCCCAGUCCCAGGACUGGUCCAGGAAUAAGGAAUUCCCCAGGGAAUCCCACCAGGAAUUGCCCAGGGAAUCUCAGUGGGAAUUGUCCAGGAACAAGGAAUCCCAAUCCCAGGACUGGUCCAGGAUCAAAGAAUUCCCCAGGGAAUCCCAAUCCCAGGACUGGUCCAGGAAUAAGGAAUUGCCCAGGGAACCCCAGUCCCAGGACUGGUCCCGAUCUCACAGGACGCUGCUGGAUUCAGGGCUGCUCCAGGAGCAGGGAAAUCCUUGGAAUGUCAUCAGCAGGGACAUGAGGGACGUGGCGUCCCACAAAGCCACCAAGGACUCCACGCUGGUCUGA